AAAAAAAAUUAUUCUUAGAAAUGGAUUUGAAACAUUUAGGUUAUGACCUCACAGUCUCCUUUAUGACUUUUAUUAUUAGUCUUUUUUUUCGUGAAAUAAGACCUAGAGGCUCACAUCGUAUCCCUACCGAGGGACCUGUUAUCUUUGUCGUUGCACCUCAUGCCAACCAGUUUGUAGAUCCUUUACUUGUCAUGAGAGAGUGUAAACGUCGUGUCUCAUUCUUGAUAGCCGAGAAAUCCAUGCAUCAAAAAUUCGUUGGUUUUAUUGCUCGUAUGGUUCAUGCUAUUCCGGUGAUAAGACCUCAAGAUUUAGUGAGAAAGGGAAAAGGCACAAUUCAUAUUGAUUGCAAUGAUAUGCUUCAUGUGAUUGGUACGAAUACACAAUUUACAACACAACUCUGUCCUUCCGACAUGAUUUUAAUGGGAGAGGAUAAAGCACAAGUGGUCGAGAUUAUUUCAGACACAGAAUUGAUGAUUAAGCAUGAAUUUAAAUUAUUGGAUGGAGGAGAACACGAGUAUAAAUGUAUGCCUCAUGUAGAGCAAGCAUCGGUUUAUCAAUCCGUUCAUGAUGCAUUAAAUAGUGGUGGUUGUAUCACUAUCUUUCCUGAAGGUGGAAGUCAUGAUCGUAUGGAAAUGUUACCCUUGAAAGCUGGUGUGACAUUAAUGGCUUUGGGUGCCAUGUCCCAAUAUCCCGGUUUGGAUGUCAAGAUUGUACCUGUCGGUUUAAACUAUUUUCAUGCUCACAAAUUCAGAUCGAGAGCAGUGAUCGAAUUUGGUCCUCCUCUCACAAUUUCUCCUCGUCUGGUAGAAAUGUAUGAACAGGGCGGUCAAGAAAAGAGACAGGCAUGUGGGAAAUUAUUAAAUACUAUUUAUGAUGCUUUAAAAUCCGUCACGUUAAAUGCCGAAAGUUACGAAACAUUAAUGUUCAUUCAAGCGGCAAGAAGACUGUAUAAACCUGCACACCGUAAAUUACACAUAUCCCAAGUAGUGGAUUUAAAUCGUCGAUUCUUAAUCGGGUAUAAUAUGAAUAAGGACGACCCACGCGUGGUGGAAUUGGAAGAACGUGUCUUGGCCUAUAAUCAGUUACUCAAGUAUCACGGUAUUAAGGAUCAUCAAGUACCUAAAACCCAUGUGGGAGGUGCUCAUACGGUUCUUUUAAUUUGUAAGCGACUCUUUCUGGUACUCCUUUUAGCUCUCUGGGAUUUCCCCGGUGCGAUUCUUAAUUUACCCGUGGUCAUUGUGGCUAAUAUCAUCAGUCAAAAGAAAGCAGCAGAAGCACUCAAGAGUUCCAAGGUCAAAAUCGCGGGUCGAGAUGUAUUGGCUACAUGGAAGGUCUUGGUAGGUUUGGGCCUGGUGCCUUUACUCUAUUCGUUCUAUAGUCUGAUCGUCGGUUUCGUUCUCUACAAGACAACUACACUUUCACUGUGGCGUGUGUUACAAGUAUGUGUAUGUACAUGGUUUGUCAUUGCGGGUAUCUCUUAUGCUUCACUUCGAUCGGGUGAAAUCGGUCUGGAUAUUGCUAAAUCUUUAAAACCCAUGAUCAUGUCUGUCUUGGACCCUUCCGGUGCAGAAAUCUUGAGACAAAAUCGUAACACAUUAUCAGCCAACAUUACAGAUUUAAUUAAUGAAUAUGGGCCUAAAACCUUUCCUGACUUUGAUGUGGAUUACAUCAAUCGUAUGAAAGUGGUGAGUACACCACCAAGUCGUAGUUCGAGUUCAAGUAGUUUUAAUCUAUCAGGAUUAACCACACUCAAGACAUUUCAACCCAAAUUUAUCGAUACCUUGCAAGAUCAUCAAUUGUUCAAUUGGACUUAUACGCGUGAUUUCUUUACUCGUAGUGGAUCCAAUACCCCUUCACUUAUCAGUCGAUCCAAUAGUUUUAGUGCAGAUGAUGAUGUGUCUAUUGAACAUGUCUAUCAUAUCCGUAAAGAUGAAUAAAUAAAAAUAUAGAUUUUAUAAAAAAAAAAAUUAAAAAAUUUAAAACGAAAA